AUGCAUGAAGAUUGCGCCGCGCAAGCGCAGAUUAAUGUUUCCGAAGCUCCCCAGACCCCCAUCCGCCUCCCCCCAGAGCUCAUCCUCGAGAUCCUUGAGGACGUUCUCGCCGAGCCCCAUAACAUCACCGACCUCGCGCUCGUGUCGAAAGCCAUAGCCUCGCUCCUAUACAGACUGCUCUACAGCACUGUCCUCCUUCCGAGUCCUGAGCGGAUUAGAAGCUUCGCGGAGGACGUCAUCAGCACAGCUCCGGGGCUCAUCUGCCAGCACGUAAAGCGUGUCAUCUUCACGUGGGAGGGUCAACCAUCUAAGGAGACAUUGGACUUCGCGCGCGAUAUCCUGCUCGCGUGCACCGAAGCGCACACCCUCGCCCUUCCAGGCUGUUUGGUCCCUAGCCUGCUCGCGGAUGACAACCCGCAAUGUCUGCCCACGACUCUGACCCAUCUUACCUUGGGAUCUUUCUCGAUGAGCAACAUCCCUCCGAAUCACGCGCGCCCGUCGUUCAGCAACCUCACGCACCUGCGGAUCGCGGACCCUUUCGGGCUAUUCACCACGCCGCGUGCGAUGUUCAAGCAUCUCGGAUCGCUUCCCAACCUCACGCACCUCUACGUCCCGCAUGUAAUCAUGAGGUGGCCCGACACGGAUGACGACUUCGUGGACGAUGUCGUUGCGCUCUUGCACGAGCGAGACAAACUGCAUUGCCUCAUCGUCGGCCUGUGCCUGCCGAGGAUACAGCAGCCUAGCGAAGAGUAUGACAGAGAUCGCGACUAUGAAUUGGAGGAACGAGUACGGCAGGCAUCGACAGCUUGGACACGAGUGAAGCAGCUGCAAGAGGCGGAGGAACGGCUCCUGAUUAUCCGCGCGGAUGUCACAGGCGCGUGGUUGAGAGAAUGGAAGAACGCAGGGAGCAUAAAGAAGCCAUUUGACUUUUGGAGAGAGACAAUCUCAGAAGGCUUAUCGGAGAGAAAGAGAGAGGGAAGCUGCCAGAGUCAAAGCGGCGAGAAGGGCAGGGAUUUAUGGCCAUGA